CCGUCUUCGGGGUUGUAGCUACCGGGCUGUCAUGCAACGUGUGAUCGGAUGCUCGGAUUUUGAUGGCAUACUUAUAAACCCCGCUCAUGACAACUCUCCUUCAAGCCUUCAUCGUUUGCACAUCUGUUCAAUAAGUCUCGAUUUAGCAUCAGUCUCACCACCACGUCUCUUAAUUCGGUCUCACUUUCUUCAAGAUGGCGCCUCCUGUUGAGAAUGGUGUAAACGGCGCCGUUGAUUCCAGCACAACGAAUGGCGUGAACGGUUCCCACAAGAGGCCCAUUUACAUUGCAGGGUGCUCCGGAGGUGUCUAUGACAGGAAACGAGCGAUUCACGACAUGGCCAAGAACGAGCCCCACGUCGAUGUCAUCACCGGCGACUGGAUGUCAGAAUGCAACAUGACCCUUCGAGGCUCAGACAAACGGGACAAGCUAGCCAAAAAGCAAUUAUCUGCGGUCGGCGCCGCUUACGAGCCAUACUUCCUCGAGGAGAUCGACCCAGCCAUUCCAUGGCUUGCGAAGAACAACACAAAGGUCUGCGUGAACGCGGGGGCCAGUGAUGUCGAAGGGCUCGCCAACGAGGUCAAGAAGCUGAUCGCCAAGCAUGGCGUCGACCUCAAGGUUGGAUUCGUUGACGGCGACGACUGCACAGACGCUGCCUUGGAGCUGUACCACAAGGGCGAGAACUUCCCCAACCUUCCUGCUGGAAAGAACAUUCAAGACUGGGGUCAUGAGCCAAUCUGCGCUCAGUGUUACCUUGGUGGAACAGGCAUCGCUGCCUGCUUUGCCGGAGGGGCGGAUAUCGUCGUAUGCGGUCGUGUUGCAGAUGCUUCAGUCACUGUUGGCGCUGCUAUGUGGUGGCACAGCUGGACUCGUGAGAACAACAUCCAGGAGGUUGCUUCCGCACUUAUGGUCGGCCACGUCAUUGAAUGUUCUACAUACGCCACAGGAGGGUACUACAGCGGUUUUAAGGAUCUCGGCGUGAACGAUACCGAUAUGGGCUACCCCAUUGCCGCCAUCGAGCACAACGGUGAAGCUGUCUUCACCAUGGAGAAGGGCAAACACGGGUUGGUUAACAUCGCCACUAUAGCUAGUCAGCUGCUGUACGAGAUCCAAGGGGUAUACUACUACAACUCCGACGUCACCGCCCAGAUUGAGAAUGUUAAGCUCGAGCAAGUCGGCGAGAACGCGGUGCGGAUGUCGGGCGUCCAAGGUCUACCCGCUCCACCAACCACAAAAGUCGGCAUUACCGCAAAGGGAGGCUACCAAGCCGAGUUCCACUUCUACCUCACCGGACUGGAUAUCGAAGAGAAGGCGAAGAUGGUGGAGAGGCAGACGCUGGCUGCGAUGGGAGAGCACGCGAAGAAGUUCUCCUGCCUGAAGUUCCAGAUCUGCGGCACGGUCCCGCAAGACCCUCAGUCUCAAGACGAAGCCACCGUGGACAUGCGCAUCUUCGCACAGACCAAGGAUCCCGAUCUCCUCUCCGCCGGUGCUAUGGUCGAUUCCGACCGGGGCUCCUUCGCCCGCUUCUGCAUCGAAAACCUCCUUCAAGGCUACCCCGGGUCUACUAUGGCUCCAGAUAUGCGCUGCGCCAUGGGCCGCCCAUACUUCGAGUAUUGGGUCAGCUUGAUGCCACAGACCUUCGUCAAGGAGACUGCACAUCUACCGGAUGGCACUGUCGUCGACAUCCCGGCCCCCGGUGUUACUAAGGAGUACGACUUCAACCAGCCUUCAUAUGACACGCGCGGUCCCGUCGACCUCUCGUCCUUCGGUCCCACAACCCGCGCGCCCCUCGGCUAUGUCGUCAUGGGCCGCUCAGGGGACAAGUCUUCCAACGCCAACCUAGGACUGUUUGUCCGGCAUCAGGAUGAAUUCGACUGGCUCCGCAGCCUCCUCAGCGUUGAGAAGCUGCGUGAGCUGCUCGGGAAGGACGACAAGGGCAAGAACAUCGACCGGUGUGAGAUGCCGAAUAUCUACGCCGUCCACUUCCUGCUGCGAGACCACCUUGACCGCGGCUUCAACGCUACGAGUGGGUACGACAGCUUGGGCAAGAAUCUGUGCGAGUACAUCAGGUGCAGAUAUGUUGAUAUUCCGAACAGGUUCCUGGAGCGUGGUCGCAUCUGAGCGGGCAGGUGUUGCAUUGGCGGUUGAGGCAAAUUGUGUUAGAUAGCAUCUGUAGGCGUUCAAGCC